AUGGGAAACGACUCGGCUCUAGUCACCACUUUAUUACAGCGUCUGGCUUCUGCUUUUAAAAUUCGUGAUCUCGGCAGUCCACGGUUUUUCUUGGGUAUAGAAACAGUUCCUACUCAGAAGGGUAUUCUAUUAUCACAAUGCCGGUAUAUGACUGAUCUACUUGGGCGGUCUGGGAUGGCUGACUGUAAGCCACUAACUACACCGGCUGCUAUCACAAAGACAAUUAUAUCAGCAGAUGAGUUACACGACAAUCCUACUCAAUAUCGCCGUAUAGUUGGGGCACUGCAGUAUUUAACUAUUACUCGGCCUGAUCUGGCAUACGCGGUCAAUCGACUAUGCCAGUUCAUGCACUCGCCAACUACAGAACACUGGGGUCUUGUUAAAAGGGUCCUGCGGUACAUCAAGGGCACACUUGACUACGGGUUGCGUCUUUCACCAUCAUCCUCCACUGUGAUUCAUGCAUAUUCAGAUUCAGAUUGGGCUGGGUGUCCUGUUGAUCGCAAGAGCACGAGUGGUUUCGCUGUUUAUCUCGGGACUAAUCUUAUCUCUUGGUUAUCCAAGAAACAGCGUACCGUUGCGCGUUCGUCCACUGAAGCAGAGUACAAAGCAUUAGCUGACGUAUCCGCUGAAGUAACGUGGGUAGUAUCUUUACUCCGGGAGUUGGGGUUGCACUCUGGGGAGCCGGCCACGCUAUGGUGUGAUAAUCUAGGUGCUACUUAUCUAUGCGCGAAUCCAGUUUUCCAUGCACGCACGAAGCAUGUGGAAAUCGACUACCACUUUGUUCGGGAUAAAGUCGCCAGUGGGGAUUUUCUGGUCAAUUAUGUGUCUACUGCUGAUCAGCUUGCCGAUAUCUUCACCAAACCGCUGCCGUCACCUCGUUUUACUACUCUACGGGACAAGCUCAAUGAGUAG